AUGACUCUUCGUACUCGGAGAACGUCAAGCGGAACACCGUCCAGUUCUGGCGCUCCUUCACACCUUUCUGUUAUACCAGACAUACUCCAUCGACCUCAUCGCAAACUCACUUCAUCCGUAUCAGAAGUCGACCAUCCCUACUUCCCACCUUCUCAAGUCAAACACCACACCACUGCUACUAUGCUUGACGAAGUAGGAAAGCUGCAAUGUCUCCUACCCGACGCAACAGAUCAACAGCGAAUCGAGCAUCAGAUUUCCCGCAAUAUACUGGCUGCUCGUAGGUCCCGCCAAGCGAAGAAGCGAUACGUGAAGCAUUUGGAGGAGGCCGUUCAACAGUUGACUGUUGAGAGGGAUAAAUGGAAAACAAGAGCGGAGAUGCUUCGAAACAACGCCGAAGAAGAGACCUUGGAGAAACUUCCAGCCGAUGUAACGAACCUGCGGCACGGCGAAAUUCCAGCUACUCGUACGUUCCGCAAGGAUUUGGAGGAGACUGUAUACCAGUUGGCAACCGUAGCCGAGGAGAGCGAAACAAAAGUGGAGAUCAUGAUGUCCCGAGAUAACGAUGGGAAAGAAGAAAAACUGCAAGAGCUCCCACCGGAUGCAACUGACCAACAGCGGAUCGAGCGUCAGUGCUACCGCAAUACUUUAGCUGCUCGCAGGAGCCGCCAACAGAUGAAGCUGUACGUGCAGCAAUUGGGGGAGAACGUUCAGCAGUUGACCGGCGAGGCAGAUGAGUGGAAAACGCGAGCGAAGAUGUUUCGAGGUACACUCGAGAGUCAAGGAUUAGAGAUGCCUUGCCCGGAAUGGAGUGACUGA